GCCUCCGCGCUUUCAGAUCGGUCGAGUGACGCUGUCUAUAUCUGUGUGCUGUUUAUUUGUCCGUGCCAAGAACCGAUAGCGAUCGUGCGAAUCAAAAUGAGCGGGAACGAGGAACGCGGCGAUCAGGAGGACCCGCAGGAAGAAAAAAUGGAGAUCCUGCUGGAGCUUGGCUUCAAGCAGAAGCUGGCCACGCGCAUGGGCACGCUUCUGGUGGCCAUACUGAUCUUUGCCAGCUUCUGCUGGGAUAAUGCACUGGCCAGUCUCACGCUGGGAGCAGCUGUGGCCCUGCUGCUGCGGAAUCCCACGUUCGUCUUUGGCCUGGCCAUGACCGCAUCGAGGGACUUGAAGGCCUUAAAGCGCUUUGUAGCCCUCAAUAUCUAUCUGUUGCUCAAAGAUCGCAGAGGAUUCACAGUGGCUCGCUGUUUUCGGGAUCAGGCUCGGUCUCGGCCCAAGAAAGCCUGCUUCGUGAUGGAGGAUCGUAGCUUGACCUACGCAGAGGCCCUGGAGUUCAGCCAGAAGAUUGCUGGUUACUUCAAAGAUCGAGGCCUGCAGAAGGGAGAUUGUGUGGCUCUGAUGAUGGAGACCCGCCUGGAGUAUCCCUGCAUCUGGCUGGGCCUCUCCCAGCUGGGCGUGAUCACUGCCCUCAUCAACUCCAAUCUGCGCGGGGAGUCGCUUUUACACAGCAUAAAAGUGGCCGAAGCAAAGGCCCUUAUAGUGGGCAGUGAACUGUUGGAUGUCCUGAAAUUACUUGUGGACAAGGAGGAGCUCCAGGAUCUGCCCAUCUACCAAUACACCGACGAAGAGCUGCGAAACGUUCAGGGACACGAGCUACUGCCAGGGGCUGUGGAACUAAGUGAUGCCUUAAAGACCCAGCUGAGAUUGGAGCUGCCAGGCAGAAGGUCUCCGGAGGAGGCUCGCUCGAAGCUGCUUUAUGUCUACACCUCUGGAACCACGGGCUUGCCCAAGGCUGCUGUAAUCACAAACCUGCGUUUCCUGUUCAUGUCCGCCGGAAGCUUCUAUAUGCUGCAGAUGACCAGCAACGAUGUGGUGUACAAUCCCCUGCCCCUGUAUCACACCGCUGGCGGAAUUGUGGGUGUGGGCAAUGCCAUCCUUAAUGGCUCCACUGUUGUGCUGCGCAAGAAGUUCUCGGCUCGGAAUUUCUGGGUGGACUGCAGUCGCUACAACUGCACUGUGGCCCAGUACAUCGGAGAGCUCUGUCGCUACCUUCUGGCCACGACCUAUACUCCGGAGCAGCAGGACCAUAAUCUACGCCUUAUGUACGGCAACGGGCUGAGACCUCAGAUCUGGUCGCAGUUUGUCCGGCGAUUCGGAAUACCCCACAUUGGGGAGAUCUACGGAGCCACCGAGGGCAACUCGAACCUCAUCAACAUCACCAAUCGAGUGGGAGCCAUUGGCUUUGUCCCUAUAUACGGGGCCAGGUUGUAUCCCGUUCAGGUCCUGCGCUGCGACGAGCAAACUGGCGAGCUGAUAAAAGACUCACAUGGUAACUGCAUCCGGUGUCUGCCUGGGGAGACGGGUCUCCUGGUGGGCAAGGUUGAUGCCCGGCGGGCGGUAAGCGCCUUCCACGGCUACGCGGACAAGGGCGCCUCGGAGCAGAAGCUGCUGAGAGAUGUAUUCGACUCUGGAGAUGUUUUCUUCAACUCUGGCGAUAUGGUGGUGCGUGAUAUACUCGGUUACUUUUACUUUAAGGACCGCACCGGUGACACUUUCCGCUGGCGAGGCGAGAACGUGGCCACCCUGGAGGUGGAGGCCAUCAUUACAAAUUGCAUUGGUCUGGAGGAUUGUGUGGUAUAUGGAGUGCAGAUCCCCUAUGUGGAGGGCAAGGCCGGAAUGGCGGCGAUUGUAGACCCCACACGCAAGGUGGACAUGGAGUACCUGUCGGUGGUGCUGCGGGGCAGCCUGCCGCCCUACGCCCGACCCCUGUUCAUCCGACUGAUGGAGGAGAUUCCGCGCACGGCCACCUUUAAGCUGAAAAAGCGGGAGCUGGCUGUGGAGGGCUACGAUCUGGACAAGCUGACCGAUCCCAUAUACUAUCUGAAUCGGGAUGGCGUCUAUCGACCCCUGAGCCAGGAGCAGUACCAGGCCUUGCGUUCAGGAAAGUCGGGUCUCUGAGGAAAAUCUUUGUGUGUACUAAUAGCUAAAUGUUCAAUGUUUGUAAGAAUGCCCCGAUGUACUUGUAUUUUUAACGCUUAAAACAACGACUGAUACCAAAUGGUGAUGAAGAUGUUUCGCUACUGGAAAGCCGGUCGCGUUUCUUGGCCAUAAAAUGGCAGCUUAACCGAUAAUGGGAGCCAAUACGUUUUACGGCCAGAAGAUGCUGCUACCGCCACAAGAUAUAUCGAAAGUGUUAAAUCCCCAAGAUUAAGUUCUCGCUCAUUGGCAGCUGCUGUAGGUUGCCCGCCGUUGCUGCCUGUGCUGCUUGCUGCCUGCGUUGCUGCCUGCGUUACUGCCUCGCUACUUUUGCAGUUGCUGCUGUUGCAACAUUAACGCCAUUUCCGCUUGCUAGCGGCAGCUGCGACUCCGUUGCCCGUCGCCUAAGAUAAACGAUGUGCAAAAUCCAUACAAAACAACAGCAACAACACUAGCAGGAGCAACAGCAACAAGAGACUGGCAACCGCAAGCAACGCGUGGCUGCAACAACGCAACAGCGCAACAUCGUCGACGACGGCGGCCACCAAUAUCGAUGUCGAUGGCGAAAAAGUUGUGGCAGGCAAUCAUAAAAAACGAAGAAA